AUGAGAGCUUCAGCUUUACGUAGAGAGAUAAUUGGCAUCAAGCAACAAAAGAUAGAAGCCUUGCAUACUUAUUGGGAACGGUUCAAGAAAUUAUGCUCAAGAUGUCCACAACAUGGGAUUACAGAAUAUCAGUUGCUGCAGUAUUUUUGUGAAGGAAUGUUAUCUUGGGAUAGGAGAUUACUCAAUGCAUCAAGUGGUGGAUCUAUAGCUGAUAAGACUCCAACAGAAAUCAGAGUUCUUAUAAAAAACAUGGCAGAAGAGUCCAAGCAUACAGUCCAAGAAGAAGAGUGGUACGGUGAUGCACCAAGGGGGGUGAACGAAAUUUCUACUCCAAAAAUUAAAAGUCAACUUUCUGAGUUGACUAAGGUAGUAAUGAUGCUUGCAAAGGGCAAGGGCGUGCAACCACCAACAGUUAGACCUUGUGGUAUUUGUACACAAGUUGGACAUCCAACCGACAUGUGCCCUCAACUUCAAGAGGAAGAUUAUGAAGAAGCAAAAGCCAUGGGAGGUUUUCUUGGAUCUAGUCAAAGGGGAUAUGAGCAGCCACGAGGUGAUCAAAGAUGGAACAACAAUCAAUGUUGGGGAGGAAAUCAACAAGGGAACUACCAACCAAGUCAACCACAUCAAUACCAACAAAGACUACCUUUUCCACCACAAAACUUUCAGCCAAGGCAACCACAACACCCUCCUCAACAAGCGGGUUCAUCAAGUAUGCCUUUAGAGGACAUAGUGAAAAGUUUGGCAACUAGUACACAAGUUUUCCAACAAGAGACAAAAGCAAGCAUAAAGAACUUAGAGAAACAAGUUUCACAGCUUGCUAUUUCCGUAAGCAAACUAGAAUCUCAAGGAAAGUUGCCUGCCCAAACUGAAGCAAACCCAAGGCACAAUGUAUGUGCCAUCACAUUGAGAAGCGGGAAGAGUUAUGAUGGUCCAAAAUUGUCGGUUGAUCAAAAGGAAGAAGAAAUAGUAGUUGAAGAGACGACCAAAGAAGAGAAGGAGGAAGAGAAAACAAUUGAAAAGAAGCCCUUCAUCACUGAGUCUAAAGCCACACCUGCUCCAUUUCCCGAAAGAUUAAAGAGCACUAAGAAAGAACGGGAGGAGAAUGAGAUCAUGCAAAUGUUCAAGAGAGUUCAAAUCAAUAUUCCACUCCUCGAGGUCAUCAAGCAGGUACCUAGAUACGCAAGGUUCCUUAAGGAUCUUUGUGUAUCUAAAAAGAAAUUAAAAGGAAAUCAAGUCGUAACGGUUGGGGAGCAUGUAUCCGCGGUUUUGCAAAAGAGGAUGCCCCCGAAGUGCAAGGAUCCCGGUGUCUUUACCGUGCCUUGCAAGUUGGGAAAUCUUUAUGUACACCGAGCUAUGCUUGAUCUAUUUGCAUCCGUAAAUGUCCUACCAUAUUCUCUUUUCAAAUCAAUUGGUGUAGGAACAUUGAGCAAAACCGGUGUGAUCAUCUAA